AUGGCGGACGCCACCACGUCCAAGUUGGAGCUUUCGGCUCGAGGUCUCGAGCGAUCGAGUGAUGAAGUGGACCGGAUCGCGAUGUCGUGGUCGGGAGAUAGGGAACGAACACGAAGGAGGAGGAGAAAGAGGUCUGAAGAUUGUGCGUGGCAAUGGACGUGGUGCUGGAAGCGAGCGAGCCGAGCAGCGAAGCGUUUGUCCGGCGUCGCCUCGAGUCGAGACGAAGACGGCGAGCGCAGUACGAGUCGGGCGAGUGCGAGCUCGGCGCUCCGCCCGCCACACGAGCAGCAGCAGCAGCUCAAGCAGCAGAUUGCACACUACUCGACCAUGCGCGUGCACAUGAAGCGCGUGCAAUUGUGUCUCGAGCGCGAGAAGCGCAACAAGUUUUACAAGGAGCUCGUCGUCUACCUCGGCUUCUUGGCGGUCGUGAUGGCGACGUUGUUGACACUGCCGGUCCAUUUUCCAUUUGAGCAAAACGCGGCACUCACGAGCACGUACUUUCAGGAACAAGUGGCGAGCGACACGCCGUUGAAGACCUUUUACACGGUUGGCAGCGAGCGCGAAAUGUGGCAGUGGGUUCAAGGACCGAUGCUGUCGCAGUUCUAUAGCUCGCCGCUGCGGAAUAGUCGUGCGAUUGGCAGCAUUGAGAUCCGAACAGGUCGUGUGAAGGGCGCGUUGUGCAGACAGACAGCAGGACGAGAGGACUUUGUCAUGUUUACCGAUGAGAUCUGCUACCCUGCGUUUUCGAGUCGCAACGAAAUGAAAGAACCGUAUGGGAAUGACAGUGGCGUCCUGGGUGCACAGUAUCAGUGGACUGGUCAACUGAGCAAGCUGCUACGAUCCGAGACGUUUGAUGCAGGCCUCGUGGGCCACGAUAGGGACUACGGUCACGGCGGGUACGCAGUAUACCUGCCGCGUGACAACUAUACUGCAGCCAUCGCGCUGGCUCAGCAGCUGCAAAGCGACUUUAUCGGCGACGACACGCGGUAUUUGGUCUCGACGUUUGCAUUCUAUAACGCGCGCAGCAACAUCUUCUCCCACGUGCAGGGCCUGUUUGAGAUGAGCAACACGGACUAUAUGGAGGUUACAGGAAGGAUCAAGAGCUUUCGCAUCACAGCCAGCUACAAGGACACUAGAGAGUUCCUGGAUGCCAAUGCUCUCGUGAUUGUCCUGUUGGCUGCCACACUACUGCUUGUGACGCGGGAGAUAUCGGAUUUGCGCAACUUUGGGCUGCGCAAGUACGUGCAGUCUCUCUGGAAUCUCUUGGAUAUGCUCCAGCUCGUGCUACUGAUUGUAUUUCUCACGCACUGGGUGAUUUUCAUUGUGCGCUCGGAGAAUAUCCGGGACGACCUGUAUCGUGUCGGCGACAUGGAUUGCUCUGGUCCAGCGGAAGACCAGGAAAGCGCGCGAACGUGCUUUGUCGAUAUCGAUCAACUGGCGUGGUUGUUUCGCACGGUGAACAAUUAUGCAGCGGCACUUGGGCUCGUGUCUGUGGCGAUAGUGUUCAAGUAUUUGCGCUUGAACUCGCGCUUGAAUUUGCUGUGGCGCACGCUUCGCUUUGCAGCCAAAGACCUCCUCGCGUUUGUGAUCAUUUUCUUCACGAUUUUCUUCGGCUUUGCAGUGAUGGGGUUUCUCACGUUCGGUACCGGAGUGCGGCAGUACCAUUCGCUGUCUGUGUCGCUGACGAGUUGCUUUCAGAUGCUGUUGGGUGCGUUCGACUACGAAGAGAUCCACGUUGCGAAUCCGACUAUGGCCGCCAUUUUUUUCUUCAGCUUCAUGAUCGCUAUCUAUCUCAUUUGUAUCAACAUGUUCAUCGCUAUAAUGAGCGAGUACUACUCGUUGGCGCAGAAUGAGAAGAAGGCACUCGAAGAGAACAUGCGGCAAAACAUAGCGGAAAGCAGAGAGAACAAGAGGGAUGAAGACUUUUAUGAUUCGCUGCAGUUCAUGGACGUGGAGUAUGACUUGGCCAAACAAGCAAAGAAUUGUGUCAAUGGUCUGCGGGUCCGAGUGAAGAUGCCACCAGUCAAAGACGGCAAGUCAGUACACGAUACCGAACAGCUUGUCUUACGCGGUUCCCAGCGGGUUCUCCUCGUGGAUUAUGACUACCUCAUUUCGGAGCGGAAACGUCUACGUCGGAAGUUUCGAGCGUGCGUGCACCUCAUCAUGGUUUGUGGCGACUUGAUGCGCCAGAGCGACCCGGACUUUGUGAUGCAAGUGGAGAUGGAAGUAAUCGGAGAGCGCUUGCGUCCUCGAUCGGAUUCUACUGAAUCGUCAGCUGAUCUCGUCGAGUUUCCAGUCACCUACGUACCUCUAGCCUCCCCCCUGGCCUGCACUGUUGAAAUUCUGAAGCGCUUGAAGCGAGGCAUGGUUAUCGAGAUUGACGAUGGAUCGCUCACACAUGACCAGAUCACACUCGAGGUGCUCGGAGACCAGGACGAAUACGUCCCGUUAUGUUCCAAGUACCGACCGCAGUCUGUGGAGAUGGAUGACGACUAUCGCGAGGCGAACGACGGAUUUCGCGUGCGCAUCAGUGAAGGUGCCAGCGCUGUUGACAUGACUGGAAAUCACUGCAGCAGCAAGUUUGGUCUGCGACACAACCACCCGACGAUCGGUGGACCAGGUCACAUUCGGGCAUGUCGCGUGCUGUACAAUGGCAAUGCACUGCUGGACGGCAACGAAGUCUGCCUCAUGCCGCGCUCGACUUGGUUCCGCUACUUUGUCGAGUACGUCGGGUGGGGCUACUUGAAGCGCCAUUUAACCUGCAAGCGGAAGAAGAAGACAGCCCGUCGCCUCGUGACGGAUGCGGAAGUGGAUCAGCUCAUUCAGGAAAGUUUUGUUGCGCCUGGACGCGGCAUUUCGUGCCGCUUUGACGAGCUUGUGCGCAACUUCCGCAUGUUCAUUGCAAAGAAGAUGCACACGCGGCAUCUCGCCAUCCCGAACCUCGAAGAGCGCAUCUUCCAGGAAGUGAUCACGUUCCUCGACCGGUUUCCAUCAGCAGUCACGCCAUUGGAACAGCGCGAACUGGGUGGCUACAAGUACACGCCCCAGCCGCUCGACACGCGUCACAUUCGCCUGCCGCACUCGAUCAAUCUGCUGACCGAGUUGUUGUCGCAACACGCGCACGAAGUGUGGUCAGUGGGCCGCAUCGAGCAGGGCUGGCGCUGGGGACCGCAGCGCGACAACGACUUGAAGCUCCACCCGGACCUCGUGCCGUACGAAGCCCUGACCGAGCAGGACAAGCAGUACGACCGCGACACGUCCAUGUCGGCGCUCAAGGUCAUUACGGCCCUGGGCUAUGUCUUGGAGCCUCCGGCGCGCACCGACGCGCGGCUAGACGGGUUUGAGUUUGGUACGGCGGCCGCCGAGCCGGGGGCCACGUACGUCCCGCGGCCGAUCCCAACGGACGACGUCCCGGUCCCGCUGCACCUGCGCUCGGUGAUUGAGCUCCUGGCGGAAAACACACACGAAGUGUGGGCCGCGAUGCGCAUGGCGCAGGGCUGGAAGUUCGGCCCGCGGCGGCACGACGGCCGCAAGGAGCACGACGGCCUCGUGCCGUACAUGUACUUGACGCAGGCCGAGAAGCAGAUGGACCGCAACACGGCGCUGCAGACGGUCAAGUUGAUCCUGCGCUGUGGCUUUGCGUUCGAACGCAAGGACCGGCACCGGCAUCGCAGCCGCAGGCCCGCGGACCGCCGCCUCCACGCCGUCGGCCGCAACGAAAACCCCCACGCGCGGAACGUCAAAGAGGCCGUGACAAUGGCGCGCGGCGCCACGCGCGCCAAGUGCGCGUUCCUCGGCCGCGACAGCCGCUCACCUGCUGCGGCCGCGCCACUCGACCGCGUCGACGCCGACCGCGCCCAGCCAUAG